AUGACGACCAAAUCUUCGUGUGAUUUUAAUCGACUUAUGUAUCUUCUCGAUACAAAUAAUCUCGAUGAAGCUCGCCUCUUACUUAAACGACAAACUUUAUUAGUACAAAAUAAUCUUUUCGAUAGAUUUGACGAUGAUAAUAAUACAUUACUUCAUCGUUAUGUUGUUCGUAAUCAAGAAGAUGCUGUACAUUUAUUAUUAGAACAUGGUGCAUCCGUUUAUUCAAUUAAUAAAUACGGUUGGCUACCAAUACAUUUAGCUGCUUAUUGUGGACACAAUCGAACUAUAUUAAAAUAUCUUAUUGAAUUUGGAAAAAGGUAG